UACAAACCAUUCGAUCAAAGUACUUGUCGAACAAUGCAAAAACAAAACAGCAUGACUGUGUAUCAAAAGAAUUCGCAAUUUGAUUAGCAUAGUUUGCGUAACAUUUACCUCGCCUACAAAAGCCACACGGUUGCCUAUCACCUGACCCAGUGCACUUUUGCAACCGAAAGCUUCAAAAUGAUUCUCACCGCGUCGAAUUUGAUAUCGGUUGCCAGCAUAUGGCUAUUGGUCGCCGUCGUUGGCGCCAGUUACUACGAAACCAAUGUUAACGCCCCCACCUUGGAUCCUCACAAUAGGAACGCGCUCCGAUUGGAACCCUACAAGUGGCCCGACGGAAUCGUUCCGUAUCGGUUCGCGGACAGUUGCGACCAGCAGUACCGAUCGGCCGUUCUGGACGCCAUGAAUGUGCUGCAUCAGGCCAGCUGCGUUCACUUCAUUCCGAAGACCCCGGAACAGGUGGAACACAUUGAGUUUGGCAAGUCGGAAUUGGGAUGCGGGUCCAACAUUGGGUACCGGUCGGAACAGCGCGAACCGUUGGAAGUGUUUUUGGACGAUUUCUGCGUUGGUUUGCCGGGAGCGAUACAGCACGAGUUGCUGCACGUGCUGGGGUUGUUCCACGAACACACCCGGCCCGAUCGGGACGAGUACGUCGAAGUGCUGUGGGAUAACAUCGAACCGGAAUUUCGUCGGAACUUCGUCAAAGGAAGCUGGGACUACAUGGAAACGUUCGGAUUGCCGUACGACUUCGGGAGCGUGAUGCACUACCCGUCGUACGCUUUUGCCAGACCGGGCACCAAAGAAACGAUGGUCUCCCGUCAGAAUCGUACCGCCCAGCUAGGACAGACCGAUGGAGCCAGCGAGCUGGACCUGGAGAAGGUGCGGCGGAUGUACAAGUGUGACGGGCUGUCAUCGGACAACUGAGAGCUUUGGUUUGGUUUGCUUGUAUUGAGAAAUAGUUUUUAUAUCGAGUACUAAAAAUCUAGAGGAAUGCGCUUGCAUAGAUAACAAGUAAAAUAAUUGAAGGGGCACUUUAAAUACUUUGUUAUACUCUAAACAAGAAUAAAGCUAAUUUUCGCAGUACGUUAUCGAAAUGAAAAAAAUAAAAA